CGGUGGGGUUACUGUGGACGGGGAGAAUAUACCUAAUCUCUAGGAAUCGGAUUCCCGGCUCGGGCCGCCAUCAUCAAUGUAACCUUUUGGGGAUUUUUUUUGAGAAAAGUGGAAUCGCUCCAAUUUGCGUGGAAUACCGUAGGCUAUGUUCUUGCCUGAUUUCCCCCCUAAUAAUGAUACGAUGACGAUGAUGAAGAGUGCAGCGGACGAGCUCGAGUUACCGAAUGGUAAAUUUAGGUACUCCCUCUGCCUGAGAAGAACGGGAAAAAUUUGUGGAGCGAAACGGGAUGGACUUCCCGGGGUCCUGGGAUGCGUCGAUGACAAAUAUCCACGGAAUCAACGUUCGUGGUCGAGGGGGCGGCCGACCUACGAGAGACUCGAAACGACAGGUCAACAAGUCGACACUCAAGCGCUUCCUGAUCGAAUAGUCUUACGAGAAAUUCCCGUAAGAUCGAAUACUGAUUGAGACUGGGGGCUGCACGACAUCGCUGGCUCUACAAUAGGGGCACAUGUGGUGGAUCCCGAUCAACGCAAUGAGUUGGUGUUGGCUUUUUUGCAUCCACAUUUUUUUAUUUUUUCGAAAAUCGCCAAUUCCUAACAAUUCCCUCUUACAAAGGAAUUGUUCUGGUGCUCGUUCCAGUCCAUAUUUUCAACAAUAUUUUCCGCAAGAUAGCAGAGAGCCAAUUUUGAGGGGAUCUUAGGAAAAUCCAUAGUCGCUCUAGAGAAAAAAACAUAGAGGUGAGCAGCGAGGAACGGGGCAAAAUCGUCCAGAGAAGGUGCCGUCGGCCGCGGACAAUCAGCUGCUUUCCCGCAGGAAACUUGCUGUCCGCCCCGCCAACCAGGGUCGGCCAUGUACUCAAGUAGUUAGACGCAUAAGCGAGUUAGCCCUUAUUCGCCCACGAUAUACUUAGAAGUUAGCACCGCCGUCGGGGGGGGAAGAAGCCGUCAAUAGAAUUUGGCCAACACAUCACAAAGCACGCUGUGGUUCACUCUGCCUCACAGGCUUGUGUAACUAAUGGAAUUUCUAACAAACAGCCGUGUUCGAUUUGAGUUGUUUGACUUGGCAAUCCCUAUCAACGACGAACGAAGGAUCUCAAUUUUGCUUUUUAUCACUCGAUGAAUUUUCGAUAUAAACAUCUUUAGCGGCAUGCGGAAAAUUAGCUCCGACCUACAUACAUACAUAUCAUACAUACAUACACGCCGGGUCUGACGCCAAGGCAGAGAGCAAGAAGAAGAAAAUUACCUUACCCUGAGCCUAGUCGUGCGCACGUUCGAAUCCAGUCUUUUAGUACAUAAUGGACCACAGGGAACCAGCUUCCAUCGAAUUUCAUAGCGUUCAGAGUUCUUCUUCCUUUUCUUCUUCUUCCAUUCUCAGUUCAUUCACAUUACAGAAACUUGCAGAAACUGUUUUUAUAAUACUAUUGAACACACUAAAAAUGUUUUGGAACGCUUUGUUUCACCCUUUGCCAUAUUAUACUGCCCCAACUACUCCGAACUCCAGACUUCUCACACCUCUGGUUUAUCUAUACUGGGCGGUGAUAUGUUGUGUUUUAUUGCCUUUGGUACGCAAAUUCGAGAAACUUGAUCCUACUCUGGAUCAUUUACUUAUCACUUGUGAACCAGGCACCUAUCUACCUGUUCACAUCGCUGGUGGGCACAAUUUAUAUCUCGACUCAGAUGGGAUGGCGGUUGAAACAGGUAGAACUUCCCUUUUUUGGAGUUUUCCCUUGGGAGGAUAAUUAAUGGUUUAUUUCUUCGUAGAAGAAACCCGAAGUUAUCGAGGACAUCAAAAAGAGAUAUUUGGGCUCUGUCGCCGUCACCCCCGUCGCUGAGCCUGCUCCCAUGGCUGAACCUACUCCAAUCCCCGAACCCGCUCCUCGGUCUCCUCCCCUGGCCGAGUCUCCUCCUGUGGCUGAGUUCGCUCCUGGGGCCGGGUGUGUCCCCGUGGUUGAAACCGUCCCAACAGUUUCCGAACCAAUACAAACCGUUGUUGUUGAAGUUGUCGAAGUAAGCAUUCAACCAUGCAUGGAAUAUUAUAUCCAGAAACAUGUGUAAGAUAUCUCGUUGUGGGGUACUGAUGGCGACUAAAGGAGAAGGCAAAGAGCGAGGAUGACGCCGUGAUUAUCCCCCAGGCCGUUGUCGAAGAGGCCGAGACCGAAGAGAUUGUGUCCUUGGCCAUUGAACCCGCUUUGACGGUCGAAGCAGAAUCAUCGGUCAAACCUCACGAAUUCACCUUGAUUGUCCACGAGGAGGUUCAGGCCGAGACGCCGGUCAGGGAGACACACGAAGAGAUUCCUCAGGUCCUUGCUGAACAAGAAUCAUUCACUAUGAGGGAGUAUAUUUCGCCAACCGUAGCGGAACUUCUUGAAGAUGUUGAGGAGAAGUUUGCAGCCCUGCUCCAGAAAUCUAGGGAACCAGUUGACAAAGCUAAACAUUUUUGUAGCUGCGUUAUGAUGGAGUCAAAAUCUGCUACUGAGUCGGCGCCCUCCGAUUAUUCCGAGUCAAUUUCUUCUGAUAUCGAGGAAUCCGAUGAGGAUGAAUUGGGCGAGAAGAAUCACAAGGAAGCGCGAAGGUUGGAGGAGAUCAUGGAAGAGGAGGAAGCAGAUGAGGAGAUUUUGAGGAAGGAUCUUGAUGAAAGGGAGGUCUCGGACCAAGAACUUACCCCUCAGGCGCCUGAAUAUACCCCCGUGGUCCAAUUUAAGCCAGAAUUUUCAGUAUUUGUACCCGCUCCACGUGUCUACGGGCCCCCAGCAUUUGGCAUUUGCGAGAAACGGGGCGUCCGUGAGAUUAUUGACCCCCGCGGGCGCCACCCGUGGAUCCGACAACCUGUCUCGGUGUCAAUGGAAGAGUCCUUGACAAGCUCCGACGAGUCGUCCCCAUACGACGACGAAUCCGAGAGGGACGGAAGCCCCCCGAUCAGCCCAAUCUCCAGCGUUGGCGGAACCGGCAAUUGGGGAGGGAUUAUUGAGAGCCUGGAUAAGAUUGUCGAGCUCGACAUCGGAGAAGAGAAGGCCGAGAGUGUGAAGGAUGAUGUUGAUACGCCGGCUGUCCCUACCCCUUUGGCCCCACAAAAGGCGGAGAUUCCACAAGUAACCGAGGCACCCGAGGCACCCGCCCCGGAAGCCAAGGAAGUUUCACCAUGCGUAAUCCCCGUCAAGCCUAUCCUGACUGCUGUAGAGCAGGAGAAGCAAGCAGCAAUUGUUGACGAGCAGAAACCGAUGCUAGUAGUUGAGAUCGCGCCCAAGUUGGAAAGGAGCAAUACCGAUGACUCGGGAUUCGAAAGUGGUUCCGUCAAGGAGGCCAAGGUCCAGAAGAAGAAAAAGAAGGCUCCUAUGAAGCAGCGCCUAGGAAACAAGAGGGGUAAGAGGAGCUGGUAAUUCGACCAUUGAACUCGAUCCUCUAGAAACGUUCAAGUUCCGCCCGGAGUUUUUUUUUCUUUCUCUUUUUUUCUCGUUAUUCAAUAUCGUUAUUUUACAGCAUAUUCAGAGGGUGUCCAUUGGGUGGUUCCAUUUGGGUCAGGUUCCGGGAAGACGGAGGUGGUGGGUGAAGAAAAAAGUUGUCUAUGUUUUCACUUCUGUUACAUGUCGCUCCUUACAGUACUUGCUUGAUUUCUAGGUAUUUUCUUGCGGAGUUCUUUAUCUUUUUUAUUAUAUCGCGGGCGUUAGUAUUUGGCUCUGUUGUUACUCGCAAGUACAUAGUACCUUAGUAUAUUUUCUUUGCGAACGCACAAUAGAUCCAAUUUUUCUCCUCCUACACCCAAACUCUAAACUCUUGUAUAAAAAAUUCCACCGCAUACGCAAAAUCACAUAUAUGACCCGUAAAACUGAACGAAAGAAAAAAAAAAAAGUCAAAAAUCCCGCAGAUUAUGACAACUCCACCUGUCGGCUCCCCAGCCGUGCCUGCCGUAUUCCCAAGGCUAUGACAUAUAAUAGCGCCACGGUACGCUCCCCAGCACCGGAAUCCAAGAGCCCGCGUCCACAGAUCUAACUGGCGGAAAGCCAGUAGACCCCACCGCAGUUCGCUCCCGCAGCCCCCCAGGAUCAUGCGCUUUCCCGCUAUUGGCGCGGAAUGAAAUUGAUAAGGCUCCGUCGUUCCGUUUGCUGGCCGGGCAGUUAGCAGCGGGGUGGAGUGUUGUCUCGCCCUGUUUUGUAUUUCCCGCCCUUGCUGGUUGGCUGGUCGGGUAGUUGGCAGUCCAAUAUCAGGGAGGCUGACUCGUUGCUAGGUUUCUGGCGAAUGGUAGUCCGGACUCUUGGUGGGUGGGGGGUAUAGUAUAAGGUCGGCAAGUGGGUGGGUUUAUUUGAUUUGCGAGGCGAACUGGGGAGUGGGAGAUAGUUUAUCCGGAGCGCUGUAUUCGGGAUGUCCGGGAGUUUUGUUUCCAAGAGGGAAGUUGCUGCCUGCGCGCCUGCGUGCUUGGUUUGCCUGAUGCUGGUUGGGGGAGUGGUGGGUUGGCAGUUUACCGCAGGAAGCGGUACUCGAGUGCAUUUUGCACAUCUUUGAGGUGCUGUUAGAGG